GUUACAAUACACGACAUGCCAUAAAGGGCAACACAUUUACUUAAGGUAUGAGGGUGACUCCCAGUUCCCCUGGAGUACGCAGUACGGCGUUUUACGCAACCUCGUGUAGUACAAUGUGUUGACAUCAUUGGUCCUUGGUGUUUUGGUUGUCUACAGCCAUGUAUAACAUGACGACGACUUUGACCUCCCUAGCCUAAUUUAGCGUUGGCGUCAGCACGCAGAUCAAAACGGCCUGAAAAAAUGCCUACGGACACCGUGAACAUCCAGGCACAGGUGGAGUCCGUGUUGAGUGCGCUGGUCAAAGUGGCAACGGUGGAGUUGGCCAAAUUGUUCGAGAGCAGAUCGCAAGCAUCGGUUGCUGCCGUGCUAGUGGGCCACGCUGCCGAAGCCAAAGGGAGCGAGUCUCCGGAUGAAUUACCGUGUGGAGAGAGAACGCGCAGCAUCGGGGUGCAAGUGGACCAAGAUUUUGAGCCAGCGCUCAGGCUCCACAAUGGCGAUUGUUCGAGAAAAGGCGAAAAGCAGCUGGAGGUGGAGGGCUGCCGCAACCUUCUUCCCGGAGAUGAUCCACAAGUCGAGCAGGCACUGGAAGAGUCUGUUGACGAGGCAGAGUUGUGCACCCUCAAAACAGAUUGCAGGCCACAGACCGAGGUCACUUUGGAUGAUCAAAGGUGCGGGCUGAGACAAAGUCCACCAGCUAAACAGAACCCGUCUGCAGUUCAAUACGAUCCGCACGACGACAUCUCGUUGAUUUGUCAGCCGGACACCUCCAAUAAUCUUGUUAAGGAAGAGCCUCCCCAAACCUGUGCCAGCACGGCCAAGGGGAGAGCCUACAGCCCGUCCAUUUGCGAUGGAGCAGUGACACCGUCACCGGUUGGCCUUUGGGAACAUGUGUCCACCCCAAAAGAGACGAAAACCCCCCUCCAGAUGAAGCUGAAACUCUCCUCGCUGGAUCAAAAGCUGAGGAGGAGCGCGUGUGUGGUGCCACUAGUCAACGUGCUCACUGCCGCAGAGUUGGAGUCGAAGAUUCAGGAGAGAGGUAGUGGCGGUAAAAAGAGGUGGUCCGUCCCUAAAGAUUUGCGCCGCCACCAAGGCAUACACACGGGUCACCGUCUCUGCUGCUUCACACCGUGUGAAGACGGUAUUUGGCGAUUACGAAACAGCAUUGGCCGCUCCCGCAACGGCUACGCCUGCGGAGCCUGUGGCGAAAUAUUCAAACGGCGCAAAAUUCUCCGCCGGCACGAGCGCUUCCACACCGGUGAAAAGCCGUACUCGUGUUCCAAGUGUCCCAAGACCUUCGCGCUCAGAAAGAACCUCCGUCACCACAUGAGGUUCCACACGGGGGAGAGGCCGCACCGAUGCACGCAUUGUGACAAAAGCUUCCGGUUGCGGGAAAAUCUCAAAGCUCACCUGAGAUUUCACACCGGGGAGAAGCCAUAUCAAUGCACUUUGUGUGGAAAGAUGUUCAGGAUCCAGGGGAACCUGGAGAGACACAAACUCACCCCGUGUGGAAUCUUUGCGCCGUCGUUUCGGACCAUCGCUGGGAUGUAGCUGGCACUCCACUGAACUACCCGUCAAGGCUGCCGUUUUUUUUUCAUAGCAUGGUUCAGGAAGGUGACUGGGAUGGCGAAGGUAAAAUAAGGAUUUUGGGGGAAAUACUCCAUUAUGAAACUUUUCAUGGGAAUUAAUUCAACUUCAUUUUGUUCUGCAAACCUGGCAUACCACUGUACUAUUAGAAAUGUGGUUGUUUUAGACCUUGAUGAUGCACAAAUACAGUAUGGAUUCCCUGUUAAUUGGCUGCCAUUGACUGCUGUUGAAUUCAAAUACCCAUGUGAACACGAAGACCUGGCGCAAAUGCGUAUAGAAGGAAUAUUCGCGCCUGCAAAUUCCUGAUGAUUCCCUUUUGAAAGUUUCCAACUUUGCAGUUGAAAUGUUGCAUUCCUGAUGGCAAUGAUGUAGAAAGGAAAUAUUAAAAGGGCUUUUCAGGGCUACUUGUACCGUUAGCUACCUCAGACUGCAAACACCAUGAAAAUUCCAUUAGUGUUUUUUUGUUUUUUUUUUUUUUUUUUGGGGGGGGGUAAAUAAAACUGAUGUUCUCAUUUUUUAUGAUUACAGUAUAUGGUAUUUUUAUGGCUAGAUUGAGCCCUCAGGUUCUACUCCAAAUGCCAGUACACGAGGAUUUCCAAGUCAUAGAUUUAACUGACACGUCUGAUAAUCCCUUGUUUUUGUAUGUGGUGGAUAAAAAAAAUGUGGACCUUAAUACUCGGCAGCUACUGGUCAGAUGACGCCAAACAUAAGGUGCGCCUUCACUAUCUGUUGAUCCAAUACAAACAGUGAGCAAUGCUGUUGCACUGUCAUAUUCUCGUUCACUAAAACGUGUCCGAGUGUGAUGCAAUCACUCACAAUAAGCAGGUUUACAUAUUACCACAUUUUUAUGUCGUACCGGUAGCAGAGCACAUGUUCCUCAUGUUUAUACAUAUAUAUGAGAGAGAGAGAUUUGGGGGGGGGGCUUUCUUGUUUACUUUAUUUUGUGGUGACUCUUUAGUGAAUGUGCUAUGCCUUUAUGGUACGCAAAAGCCUGUUGGAACCAAAAGUUGUGUAUAUACUCAAAAGGCUCUUUGUGUUACUUUUUUCAAAAUGAAAACCCUUUAUUUCAUAGUUUUGUCAUGAUUACUGAAUAUCUGGGGUGGUCUUUCUAUCCUUGAGUCAAAGAAUAAAAAAACUACUGACUUUGUA